GACUUACCUAUCUAGGUACACAACUGGACAACUAGACAACCAGACAACUGGUUACCGCAGUACACCGACGUGACAGCGCAAUGUGUCCGUGCGGCGCCGCUUGUCGAUGCAACCCCUGCCGUUGCGGCAACGGCCGCUCCGUCUAUAGUUCCACCCAUGAUUCCGGACAUGCAAGUGGUAGCGGUCGCUCCCGUAAUGGCGGACGUACACAUGGCCAUGGGAAGUCUGAGAGACAUGGGAGCUCCCAUAACCAUGGGCACUCGCAUGGCUACGGACACUCGAACGCCUAUGAACAAUCGCUUGGUUUUAGUGACGGGGACACAACUUUCCGUGGUCAGGGCUACGUCCUCGGACAUGUGAACGAUGGUCAUCAUACCGGACGUGAUCUAGACCCCAGGGGGGUUCACCCAGUCAUCUGGACCCCUAUCCCUCAAUCUUAUCUCGACUCCCAAGCUCAGUCCGGAACUCAAGCCCAUUCCGGAACCCGAAACCCGAUUCUCAUCAACAACGAUGACGACCAGGUAGGCGAGAUACCCGGCCAUAAUAUACGCCAAUAUCUGCUGGACGAGCUGGAGCGCUGGCAGAGAUCGGCUUUGACUUCGGGCAACGGGCUUCCGCAAACCCAGAACCAUUAUAUUCUUCCCGAUCCGCACAUGCGCGAGUUAUUCGGCGACAACUAUACAGACAGGACGCCUGAUGAGUACAUGGUUUUAUUGGAGCAAUCCGUGAAUAACUUUUUCCCGGAUCCUCAAACCCCCGGGGGCGCCUACGGCCGUACCAAUUAA